AUGGCGAAGGAUAGGUGUCUCAGAGCCUACAUACGAGAGCUCGAAAGAAGAGCUAAGGAGAUAGAAGACGACGCCGCGGGUAGCAGACCCCGUCCGCGCGAGCUGCCAAGAGACCCCGAGAACGUAACACCAGCCGUCGAUUCAUCCGUACGUGCCCAGGAAAGCGUAGUUACGGCAAUCGCUAGCAGCGAAGCCGUCAAUACAUCGCCGAACCCGACUGGCGUUAACGAGCCUGUAAACGAAGAGGGCUCGGAUGCUUUAUUCAGCCGUAACCCGCUGGCAGAUGCUGAUGCCGAGACAACAUUCGUCCAGCAUCCAGACGGGCGAUAUUGGUACAUGGGUCCCACCUCAUCAUGGUCUUUUUGUCGACGCGUCCUUUCGAUGAUUGAUCGACACAUCCCGGACACCGGUAACCCUCCCGAUCCGUGGAACCUGGAUGGAGUCGCUUUCAAGCUUGACUGGCAGCGUCUUGGACCCAAUGAGGAACCAAGUGUUGAUGAUCUUCCAUCUCACGAAUACGCCACUUUGCUUUUCAACACCUUCAAAUAUCAUCUUGGAUACUUCUCGGGGAUAAUCGAUGAGCGCUAUUUCCUCCGCUGCUUGAAUGAGUUCUACCAGCAGCCGAGACUUGUUGUAUCCCGUUCGCGCCAAUGGUUUGCACAGUACCUUUUAGUUCUUGCCUUCGGCGAGGCAUUUGUAAACCCGUCUACUUCGGAAUUCGGAUCUCAAUACGCAUCAAGAGCAAUACCGCUACUACCGGACUUGCAUUUUGUGGACAAAGACCCGUUGUCGGGAAUCGAGAGUCUCUGUCUGGCAGCGUUGUAUCUCCAUUCCAUUGAUCUGAGAAUCACUGCUUUCCACCACAUAGGCCAUGCUCUCCACCUGAGCAUUUUCGAAGGAAUCCACAGACACCAGCCAGCCGAGGUUGUUGGUCAGCAUCGCUCCCUACGAUGCAACCGUAUAUUCUGGAUCGUCUACGUCCUAGAACUCGAGUUUUCAGCUCUGGGUGGGGCAAUGGGCUCGAUCAGGGAAACCGACAUUACAACGAAGAUGCCGUCUGACAUGGAGAAAACCUUGUACACUGAGGCAAUGGACCUUCAGAUAAGCAUCUCUCGGCUGGUAUCGACAAUCCUCACAACCGUAUACGGCGUCGGCGACGGCUCGAGCGGUCCCCUCUCUCUUAUUAAAAAGAUCCAGUCGGUGCUACACAAGCUGGCGGUCGGGUCAUUGUUGAACACCAGUGUCGACUCGGCGACGAGCGUGAUAAAGACGCUCAGGGGACUCGGUGACCAUAACCUCCUCGACAGCUUCCUGCCGUUCCAACUCGAAGAUGUCUUCUCCUCGGCUUUCCUCCUUCACAUAAUCAGCGCCGUGACACCCAGCCUGGUGCCCGACCAAACAUGGACCGUCAACGCGCACGAGGUGCUCGAUUUGAUGAUCGCCAAGGGCAGUCCCGCCGCGCGCCUCCGGAAGCUGGAGCUCGAGCACCUGCAAAAGCUCAUCUCUCCGAUCGUGGAGGCCGGUGGGCAGGGCGAGCCGUCUAGGUCGAAUGCCAACGACAGGUCGCCGGCCGCUAAUGUUGAAAAUGCAGAUGACUUGCUCUCUGCGGCGGAAGAUGGGGUUUCUCCCUGGGAUCUUCUGGGUGCGGACGGAAUGCAUGCGCUUUCGCCGCAGCAGAUUCUGGGGUUUGCUAACGAAUUCGACAUGGACAGUGUUAUUCAGAGCAUGUUUGCGUGA